CACACACACAGCUCAUCAGCUCAUCCGAUGGUCCUCAGUUUGUCUCAGUCUGGUUUAUGGACCCCGUUCCGCGGAGAAAUGCCUCCCAAAGAGCGGACUGGACUACAAACACAGGCUGCAGCUAAAUGAGAUUCAAGGAUGUUGUUGAAAGGAAACCUGAGCAGAGGAGUGGGGCUCUGCCUUCUGUUGCUGGCUCUCCUACACAAGGCCACGGGCCAGAGGAGAAAGACAGGACGCAGGAACAACUACAAGCUGCACGAUGACGGAGGAAAUGGUGUGACAUGCUCACUGGAGGUGGCCUUCAUCCUGGACAGCUCUGAGAGCGCCACCAUAUUCCUGUUUGAGAAGCAGAAGGCCUUCGUGUUGAGCUUCAGCACUCGGCUCGCCAUGCUGCAGGUACUCGGCUGGACGAUGAAGAUUCGGAUGGCUGCGCUGCAGUACAGCAGCUCUGUGUCCAUAGAGCACAGAUUCUCUGACUGGAAAGACCUGGAUUAUUUUCACGGUCAAGUCAGCACCAUGAAUUACAUCGGCCACGGCACCUACACCACCUACGCCAUCACCAACGCUUCACAGCUGCUGGUGCAGGAGACGCCAGAGGACAGCGUGAGGGUGGCGGUGCUGAUGACUGAUGGAGUCGAUCAUCCCCGUAACCCUGAUGUAAUUGCAGCUGCUGCAGAGGCCAAAGGUCACGGCAUAAAGUUUUUUGCUGUUGGACUAUCAGAUAUUGCCCAGCAGAAUAAAGCCAAGCUCCGGGCCAUCGCCAGCACACCUGCUCAGCAGUUUGUCCAAAGUCUGCUUGACUCUCAGCUCGAAGAGAAGCUGAUCAAAGAGAUGGGUGCAGCUGCACUUGAAGGGUGUCCACAGGCCAAAGUGUGUCUGUGUGAAAGAGGAGAAAGAGGUCCUUCAGGAAGUCCUGGUAGAAAAGGCGACCAGGGGUUCAGAGGGCCACCCGGUCCAAAGGGAGCGAGGGGGGAGCCUGGGCUGAAUGGCACACCUGGAAGUGAUGGUCCCCCGGGCCGCCCAGGUUAUAAAGGCAACAAGGGGGACCAAGGAGACUGUGGCACUCCUGGGGAAAAGGGUGACACUGGACCAGAGGGACCUCCAGGCCCACAAGGACCAAAGGGAACACAGGGUGCACCAGGACCACCAGGAGACGUGGGACCCGAAGGCCCACCGGGUGCUAAAGGAGACAGAGGAGCCAGCGGUGCAUCUGGACCACCAGGAGACAUUGGUAUUGGAUUUCCAGGAGCCAAGGGUGACAAAGGUAAUCAGGGAAGACCCGGUCCAGGAGGUCCUGCUGGGAUAGGUGAACCGGGACUCCCGGGACCCCAAGGAUCACCUGGAGUACAAGGAAAUCCUGGACCUCCUGGAGAGGGGUUUCCAGGACCAAAGGGUGAUCGAGGAUAUGAAGGUCCAAAGGGAAAUCGUGGGCUUCCUGGUGUUGGGAUCAAAGGUGACAAGGGCAAUUUUGGGCCACCAGGAAUUCAAGGUCCAGUUGGUAUUCCUGGUGUAGGACUUCAAGGAGAAAAGGGAGAUCAGGGCCCAGCUGGGCCUCAAGGACCCAAAGGAGUUUCAGGUGUUGGAAUUACAGGACAAAAGGGGAAUCAGGGCCCCGCAGGUGAGCCUGGACUACCAGGUGAGAGAGGUGUGGGAGAACCAGGGCCCAAAGGUGACCCCGGGGCUGAGGGGUUACCAGGUAUACCCGGUCAACCAGGAGAGGAUGGAGCCCCAGGACCAAAGGGGGACCUUGGGUUACCAGGGCCCAGGGGACUCGAUGGGGCUCCUGGUAAAGGUAUCCCUGGAGAGAAGGGAGACAAAGGGGACCGGGGGCCUAGAGGCCUGGCUGGUGCAGUCGGUCCUGUGGGGCCAAUGGGACCAAAGGGGGAAACGGGAAUUAUGGGGCUACCGGGUCAAACUGGAUCUCCUGGGAGGGGCAUAGCAGGGGCCAAGGGAGAGCCAGGUCCACCAGGUACACCUGGACCUGUGGGAGAGUCAGGAAUUGGUUUACCUGGACCCAAGGGUGACAGAGGGCCACAGGGACCACCUGGGCCACCUGGACUAAAAGGAGAAGGUUUCCCUGGUUCUCCAGGACUUCCCGGGCCUCCAGGCGAGAUGGGAGAGACUGGACCAGACGGUGUUGGCUUACCUGGACCAAAGGGAGAAAGAGGCGUGCCUGGGCCUCCUGGACCUGCUGGGCCACCAGGAAUCGGGAUACCUGGUUCAAAGGGUUCAGUCGGCCAAAUGGGACCACCUGGUCCACAGGGUUUACCCGGCGAAGGGUUACAAGGACAAAAGGGUGAGCCUGGAUUUCAGGGGAUUCUCGGCCCCAGAGGUCCUCCAGGACAAGGACUGCAGGGAGACAAGGGGGACCGAGGGUUCAGAGGAGAGAAAGGCCUAAAGGGAGACAGAGGGGAACCCGGAGAGCCGGGAGUUAUUGGACCUUUGGGCAGAGUGGGACAGAAGGGAGAACCUGGACUUACAAGGGAUGAAAUCAUCAAAAUAGUGAGAUCCAUCUGCAGUUGUGCGAUGAUGUGCCGCCAAACACCCUUGGAGCUCGUCUUUGUGAUUGACAGCUCAGAGAGUGUCGGCCCUGAAAACUUCAACGUGAUCAAAGACUUUGUGAAUGCCCUGAUCGACCGUGCCUCGGUCAGUCGGGACACCACACGUGUCGGCGUGGUCCUCUACAGCCACAUCAACAUGGUAGUGGUCAGCCUCAGGCAGGAAGCCACUCGCGACGAGAUCAAAUCUGCUGUGCGCUCCAUGAUCUACCUGGGCGAGGGCACGUUCACAGGCAGUGCCAUCCAACAGGCCAACCAGGUGUUCAAGGCGGCCCGGCCAGGUGUGAGGAAGGUGGCCAUCAUCAUCACUGACGGGCAGGCGGAUAAGAGGGACUCAGUGAGUCUGGAGAGCGCCGUGACAGAAGCCCAAAGAAGCAACAUCGAGAUGUUUGUGGUCGGGGUGGUGAACAAAAGCGAUCCACUGUAUGAAGAGUUCAAGGAGGAGCUCAACCUCAUGGCCUCUGACCCUGACAGCAAGCACUUGUACAUGAUCGAUGAAUUCGCAACGCUUCCAGCUCUGGAGAGAAAGCUGUUGAGUCAUAUCUGUGAAGAUGCAGAGAGACGUUUGUUCAGCUCUAUCCCGAGCUCCAGGCUUCCUCCAGGAAUCCCAGAAGUCUCCAGUAACGCUCGAGAACCGCCAUACAGGACAGAGACGGACACGCCCACCUUCACUGGAGACUUCAGGAGAGUCCAGAAAAUGCCCGGCCCUCCAGCUUCACACAUCGACAGUGACUCGACCUCUCCAAAGAGAACAACGGCGGAUGGUAGGACCCCCUCGGAAACUCAGAGGUUUCCGUUCUUCGACAGGGAGCCUUUCAGGCCGGUAACAGAGUUCCUCCCACAGUUUGAGAUGAACAACCCCACACACGACGUGGUGAUGACUGGAGCCAUCGGACCAGCUGGUCCUACUCUGAAGGCCCCACCUGAGGAGAAGACACCACCGCUGCCAGCUCUACCAACUCCCCCUCUGCUGCCCUCUGACACCUACCAAUCAGCAGAGCGCUGCACCCAGAUCCUGGAUCCGGGACCGUGUCGGGACUACGUGGUGAAAUGGUACUACGAUGCCACGGCUAAUUCCUGCGCUCAGUUCUGGUUUGGAGGCUGCUUAGGGAAUGGCAACCAGUUUGAGACUGAGAAGAGCUGCAAAGAAGCCUGCGUCAAGGCCUGACAUGCACAUGCCUGCAGUCACAAACAUACAUGUUCAGAAGCGCUCAUAAAAACAUUUUGCUCCAACUUCAUAUGGGGAGACUUUACCAUAAAGUUCACGUCAGUGAGUUUGUACUCUUGUAGUUACUUUGACAUGGAUAGGUCAAACAGUAAAUGUUAGAAAGCAUCAUUAAACCAAAGUGAGUUUUAGGGUUUAAACUGUGGUAGGCUACUUAUUAUUAAAUAUGCUUUAUGUUGGCCAGAGAGAUGUGUGUCUUAAACUGAGGUAAAAGAGGAAACAAUUUUCUCGUCACUUCAGAGCUCCUCUGUUAAAAUACCACUAACGUCUUUAAGAACAAAGUAACUUUUGUAUAAUGCAAUGGGUUUUUACAUUUUUUACUUUUUAUCUGUAUGUUUUUUAAUGCCGUAUGUCUUUUUAAAAAAAAGUGUACUUUUUAAUUGUGCAUUCAAGAUAGCUACCCUUACUGAAUGUGCCUUAAUUCUAUGUUGCUGCUUAAUAAAUGCAAUGAUGCAAGCUUUAAAGACUGUA